AUGGAUGUCGAGGUGGAGCUCUCCUCGCGUCCUAGUGGAGGCGGCUCGCCAGCAUCAACGCCCGUCCCGCUGGUCUCAGUCUCGGGCAUCUCGGACAUCGACGCUGACAGCUCCAUGGGCAUGUCCCGGAUGCUUUCCACCGUCUCACGGGGCUCGCCGCAAGUCCGCCCGCAGCAAGACCCCGGCGAGCACGGGCCGCUGGCCGUCGACGAGUGGGCCGACCCGGCCCUGCGCGAGCGGCUGCUGUCGGCCUCCAUCGAAGCUUUGCUGGAGCACUCUGAUGCCCAACACGCAGUCGAGGCUGUCAUGGCGCAUCGCGAGGUGGGUGAGGACACCAAGUCGCGGGUCCUCGGCAAGCACUGGGCACUCUCGUCGUCAUCGGACGUCGAGACCGGGCUCGCCCUCUCAGCCCGGGUCCGCGAGCUCGCCUACCUCGUGGCGCUGGUCGACCGGGCGUCGACGCGGCAGUCGCGGUCGCCGCGCAAGGGGAGCGCCAAGCCGCUCGACCGGCGGUUUGCACGGCGGCGGUCGAGCGUCGCCCCCUCGGCACCAUCGGCCACGGUCGUCGAGCAUGUCGGUGGCGAGGUGCGGGCGCAGGUGUGGAAGACGCUGGCGUCGCUGCAAGAGAUUCCGACGACCGAGCGACUCCGCGAGACCAACAUGGUGGUCAACGCUGUCGAGGGCCUGCUCACCGCACCCCUGGUGGCUCGCAAGAAGGAGCGCGCCCGCUCGCCGGACGCUCGCAAGCGUGAGCGCCGUGAGCGUGCCCGCGCUCUCAUGCGCGACCCUACCGGCGCUGGAUCCUCGGUCCUCUCCUCGCUCCGCCGCGGAAGCGUGACCGGCGCCACCGGCUCGCGCCGCGGCUCGGUCCACUACUCGUCGGCCACCGUCGACGACGACACCUUUGAGGACGCGCUGCGGAUCCAGGUCUCGCUCGAGCUCACCCGCAUGCGGCUGGGCCUGUUGGAGCCGGUCGUCUUUGACCUGAUGUUCUUCCUCUCCAAGCUCGACCUCUCAUACAACUCCAUCUCGCACCUCCCGCCCACCAUCGCCCGCAUCGCCAACCUCCGCGAGUUCAACAUCUCACACAACACGCUUGCUGACCUCCCUCGUGAGCUCGGCCUGUGCAAGCAGCUUGAAGUCCUCGACCUCUCAGGCAACGUCAUCGAGGAGCUGCCGGCGUCGCUAGGCAAGCUGCCGCUGCUGCGGACGCUCCGCGCCUGUGGCAACAAGCUCACCACGCUCCCGGCCUCGUUUGUACGCCUCGACCUCCAAGAGCUCGACCUCUCGCACUGCUGCUUUGCCGAGCUGCCUGCCGAACUGGCGGUCCUCACCUCGCUCAAGAGUCUCAUGCUGUAUGGCAACCCGCUGGUCUCGCUCCAGGCUAUUACCCUCAUCGACUCGGGUGACCGCUUUGGCGUGCUCGAGUACGUGCUGGCGCGCGCGACCCAGCGCGCACUGUAUCUGGUCGGUGCCGCCGUCUCGCCCAUCCACCCGGACCCGCAGUUUGUCAAGACCGGCAAGGUGAGCCGUCUCUUGUCGGCCCAGAGUCUCCUCGAAGUGCCGUCGGUCUCGACGGCGGCCUCGUCAAGCGACGGCUCGUCUUGCUCAGACUCCCACUCGAGCUCCUCGGCGAGCUCGACCGGCGCCUCCAACUUUGCUGCUCUCCACCUCGCCUCGCUCGGCCAUCACAUCCCGAAGUCGCCGUCACUCACCCGCGAGCACUCGGCGCUCAUUGUCGAGGCCGACGCUUUGGCCAAAGAGGCCGACACCCACCUUGCCGCCCUUCUUGACAAGCUCGACACUUCGCUCACCUCCGCUGCCGUCCUCAACUCGUUUGAUGACGAGCUGAGCGCCCUCGAGGCCUACUUUCCCGACUACGUGGCCCACGUCCGCGCCAACGGCUUUGCCGAGCUGCACGAGCGGUGCGAGGAGGUCAAUGAGCUCCGUGCUGAUCUCCAUGACCUGUACGACCACAUCUGCCUCGAGCGCGAGCACAUUAUCACUCUCCGCGACGAGCACACCACCAUCUCCCAUGUCCGCGCCGAUCUCGAGCGCGAACUCAGCGCUGCCGUCGAGUGCGAAGCCUGGCUCCUGGACCGCAUCUCUCACGCCCGUCGCGAGCAGGACCGCAUGCUCAUCCAGAUCGAAAAGCUCCAGUCGCGCAUCGAUGGUCGUGACUACACCCGCAUGCGUGACACUGCCGACGCACAGAAGCGUGCGGCUAGGUCCGAUGCCCAUGGCCCGGCCGUCCCGCUCAUGUGGUGGCAGCACUGAGAGCAAUGAAACACACUCCAAG